AUGGGGGGAGCAAGAAACUGCUGCAAUCGCUUCACGUUAAUUUAUGCUCAAGAUGGAUUCGCCGUUCUUUAUGGCACAACAGGGGACCCUAAAUAUAAUGGGGAAUAUAAACUAAGGAGGAUAAUAGAGAAGGAAGGCAUCCUACAAUACCUUUGGAGUUCAUGCGUUUAUUCCAGCUUGCCGGAAUCGGCUUUGGUUCUGCUGCUCGCAUGUGCAGAAGAUUUAGAAUGUGUCCCUGGAUUCCAGCAAAAAGUUUUUUAUAUUGAACAGCCACUUGAAUUCACAGAGGACCAGCCAGUUCUGAACCUGAAAUUUGAUGACUGCAAGGGGAAUAACAAAUUGAACUUCGAAGUUUCUAACCCAGACUUUAAGGUGGAACGUGACGGGUCUUUAGUUGUGCUAAAGAAUGUAUCAGAAGCUGGCAGAGCCUUGUUUGUCCACGCGCGGUCUGAGCAUGCUGAGGAUAUGGCAGAAAUUUUGAUUGUUGAAGCAAAUGAAAAACACGGUGCAUUAAAG